AUGCAGUUGACUCUGACUCUACUGCCCGUGGCUCUUGCCGCGGCAGUGGCCUACUUCAUCGCUUUCCAGGUGACAGUGUAUCGAAGGCGCCGCUCCCAUGGCUGCAAGCCGGCGCCCCAUGCCAUGGCAUGGGAUCCCAUCUUUGGGCUGAAGCACGCCACCGCGCUGCAUAAGGCCAUCCGCAACCACCGCAACCUGGAGUACUUCGACAAAAUGUUCAAGAGCUACGGCAACACUUUCGAAGUGGGUCUCCUGGGUAACCUCAUGCACGUCACCUGCGACCCGGAGAACAUCAAGGCCAUCUUGGCAACCAAGUUUGCCGACUGGGACAUGGGCCCCCGUCGUCGCUGGGCGACCUUCGAGUUCGUCGGCGUCGGCAUCUUCGCCGCCGACGGGCAGGACUGGGUGCACGCCCGCACCGCCGCCCGGCCUCAGCUCGCCCGGUCCUACUUCGCCGACACGGCCGUCUGGGAGAAGCACCUCCAGAUCUGGUUCGAGUCCCUGCGCGGCCAGAACCCCCCUGGCUCGCUCGUCGAGCUCCAGGAGUGGACGCAGCGCUUCAUGGUCGACGUCGGCACCGAGAUGCUGUCCGGGCGUCCGCUCGACGUGCUCACCGAGGAGCGUGCCCACGUCGGCCGCCGCUUCUUGUGGGCGCUCGACAGGGCUAACACUAUGAUCUCGGAGCGUCUCCGUGCCGGUAAGAUGUCCUUCCUUGUGCGCGAUGGCCAGCUCCAGGAGGCGCGUCGCGUGCUCCAUGAGGGCGUCGACCCCUUCGUUAUGGAGGCUAUUCGUGACCAUAAGGAGGGAUCUUACGUGGAGGAUGACAACAAGUACACUGUUCCCCGCGCUUUGGCUGCCGAGGGCGUGCCGCUGGAGCAGAUCCGUGAUCACGUUCUCAACCUGCUCCUGGCAGCGGUUGGCUCUGAGGCUUCCCUGAUUAGCACACUCUUCUUCGUCUUGGCCAGGUACCCUGAAGUGCAGGAGAAGCUCCGCCAGGAGAUGUCCAAUACACUGGAGGGAGACCGUAUGCCCACCUACGAUGACGUCAGGAACAUGAAGUACCUGAACUGGGUCAUCAAGGAGGUGCUUCGUGUGUAUCCUCCCGUUCCCCAGAACCUUCGCGUCGCCAAUAAGGACACCAUCCUUCCCGUGGGCGGUGGUCCGGACGGACGAUCUCCCGUCUUCAUCCCCAAAGGCCACGAGUGCUCUUUCUCGUCCUACUCGCUUCAUCGACGCGAAGACUUGUGGGGCAAGGAUUCCCUUGACUUCAGGCCUGAGCGUUGGGAGAAGGAGAGGCCGACGUGGAGCUACAUCCCGUUCAGUGGUGGUCCUCGCAUCUGUCUCGGCCAGCAACUUGCACUGGUCGGGGCUGGAUACGUCCUCCUUCGCUUUAUGCAGCAGUACCCGACGUUCAAGGGGCCUCAGCCAAUCCAAGAGUGGGAGGAGAAGCUUAACAUCACCUGCUUCGUCAACAACGGUGUGUGGGUAAACAUAGGCUGA